AUGGCUUGGAAUAGGGCAGAGUAUAACCCGGAUCAAUAUCUUUGGGAGAGGGAUUUCACUCUUGCAGGCAGAACAUACAUACGACAAGACUUGGAGCUCACGAAUGCUAGGGGACAUACAUUGCGUUGCAGUCAUUAUCUGCCUUCAACCUUUCCCCGAAGAUGCUUCUCUUCCUUGUGUAUAAUACUGGCCAGUGGAAACAGGGCAGAUGCAAAUGAAGCUGCUGUAAUGCUUCUUCCAUCAAAUAUCACCGUUUUUACUCUUGAUUUUUCGGGUUCAGGCUUAUCUGAUGGUGACUAUGUCAGCCUUGGUUGGCAUGAGAGAGAUGACCUCAAGGUUGUGGUUUCAUAUUUAAGAAGCAACAAACAAAUCUCGCGUAUAGGUCUUUGGGGGCGAUCUAUGGGUGCAGUUACAUGCCUUCUUUAUGGAGCAGAAGACCCUUCCAUAGCUGGAAUGGUGUUGGAUAGUGCCUUUUCAAACUUGUAUGUUCUAAUGAUGGAGCUAGUUGAUGUGUACAAGAUCCGUCUUCCUAAAUUACAAACGGAAAAGGGAUUGGAGAACAUUACAAGGAUUCCGGGGGAACCAAGAGGGCAAUGCUUUUAUGGAAAUUUGGAUCGCUGUAUUUUGGGUGGAAUGGUUGGGAGAGAAACAAGAAGAUUUUUGAAAGGAGGGGUGGAGGCUGAUGAAGUAAGUAAUUUGUAUGUCGUGGAUAACUUGUCCACAAGUAUUGUAUUUUCUGAGGUUAAGAUGGCAGUACAAUACAUGCGUCGGAUAAUUGAGAAGAAGGCAAAGUUCGAUAUCAUGGAUCUUAAUUGCUUGCAGGUUUCAUCCAAAACAUUCAUUCCUGCUUUAUUUGGACAUGCUAAGGAUGACAAAUUUAUCCCAAACCAUCAUUCUGACCUUAUCUACAAGUCUUAUGCGGGGGACAAAAAUAUUAUAUAUUUUGAUGGUGAUCACAACUCUUCUCGGCCCCAAUUUUAUUAUGAUUCAGUUUCCAUUUUCUUCUACAAUGUUCUUCAUCCCCCGCAAAUUUCUUCUCAUUCAUGUAAGCUUGAGAAAUAUUAUGAUUUAGGGGAUUUGAAGAUUGGUGCUGGUUUGGAUGAGGGCUUGUUAUAUGAGAUAAUCACUGGCGUUCAUUCUGCGGGUACUGAUGUUGCAAGUUCAUCUUCUGCUCCUCCUGCCAUUUCAACUACAAAAUGUGUGGGCGAACUUCUUUCUGAAAUUGCACCAGUGACUACUGUAGUUGAUUCUGUGCAUGAGGAAGCUGACAUACUUAGUAGUCAUGAACCAUCACAUCUAGAGGACCAGCCUAAUGAUCAGAAUGAAGAAUGUUGUUCAUAUACAAGCUCAAAUAGAGAGAGUUGGGGCAGAUGCUCUUCAUUAGGAGGCAGUGAUGAAGAAUCUUCUGCUGAUUGCACAGCUGCUGACAACAGGCAUCCUCUCUCUCUCUCCGCAUAUUCCUGUAGACUUCUGUUGCUUUCAUAG